UUCGUCUGCACCAGCCAACAUUCGCUCGCAAACGUUGUCAGUAGUCGAGUGUAGUUCAGUGAGUUCGGUUCCUUCAAUCUGUUUUGUUGACAAGUUCUGCUAAAAAGUUCGCUUUAGCUUGAGAUUUAAAAAAAAAUUCAGCUCUCAUUUGCAACGUCGAGGAUUUCUUAGACUAUAGCCAAGUUUCUUCAAAUCAAACAAGUGAAAAUUCAACGCCUGUAUUCAUUCUAAGAGCUGCCGCAAAUUAUCGUGAAAAAUCAACACUGAUAGUGGGAAACAUCUUCAACAAGACAAACCACAUAGCCGCAAGACAUGGCACCUGGAGACUGCAUAAACAUGUUCGGCAGUUCCUUACCUAACUUCGUGUCUACAAAGAAACAAAUACCGCCGUGUUGUGGUACUGGCAGUGAUAGCUGCAGAGGAUGCGUGAUGUUUUAUCCGUCUGUAAAACUGAAAGGUCUUUUCAUGCAUGAUAAUGUCUUUGAAGAGGUUCGGCAGCUCAGCGAAUUGCAGGAAAUAAAGGCUCGCAGAGACGACCAGUCGCCUGUACAGAGACAAUUGGAGCUCAGACGAGACGAUGUCGUCGAAGAAAUCAGCGAAGUUAUUGAACAGUUCGACAGAUUCUAUAUUAUUCUUCCAACCCACGGCUACGCCACUGAAGACAUCAGAAUAAAGGCGGUGGGCGACAGAGAUAUUGUAGUGGAGAGCAGACCUCAUUACUCUAAAAACGAUGAAGAAGAAGAAGUUCUGCACAUGCUUUUCACGCUUCCCGUCGCCCUCAGACUAGACGCUGUCACGCCACUGCUAUCAUCUGACAAAAUUUUAGUUAUCACUGCACCUAAGCUGCACCCGAAAUAAAAUUUUCAUGUCGGUUUCUUUCAGAUUUGAUGCAGUGGAUGUUUUCACGUUUCCUAUUUCCAAAGUUUAUUUGAUGCGGCAUUUUAGUUACGUAAGUUAGCUUAGGUUUAUUAAUUUUUUGUGUAAAAGUGGGACCAUCGAAGAACUGAUUAUAAUUAAAGUGAAGAAAAACUGAUAGAAAAGUUUGAAAUUUUAACCAGGAAAUGUCACUUCAUGAAUUAGAUCGUUAGGAGUUUGAUAGCCAAGAAAAAUAACCAAUUGAAAUUGAGAGGGAAUACAUUUCAACAUGAAGGCUUUAAUAUUGAUAUAUAAUUCUUAACUCCAUAAUUUCCUAUGGUUGAUAAGUCGUCAGAGUCCAGUGAUACCUCGACCUGCGAAAUUUGGUUCGUUCCGUGACUGUGUUCGUUUGAGGAAAUAUUCGUAUGUGGAAUCUAUAUUGAUAUUUAAUGUGUAUUAACACAAUUAAAUUCGUAAGCACCGAAUUGGUUCUGACAUUUGGUUUGCAAGCAGAGACAUAUUCGUAGGAGCAAGUAAGUGUGUUGGGAAGUCGAGGUAUGUCUGUAUAAUUAAUGGCUCGAGGUAUCCCUGUAUAAUCAAUGGCUCGAGGUUGGCCUGUAUAAUCAAUGGCUCGAGGUUGGCCUGUAUAAUCAAUGGCUCGAGGUUGGCCUGUAUAAUCAAUGGCUUGAGGUAUACCUGUACAAUUAAUGGCUAGAUAGAAAGAAUAUUUGUUGGCAGCGUUACGUCUCAAUUCCUAUAACACAAUUAGAUAAUUGUCAACGUCUUCCCCAAGUAAUCAAUUAGUCCGCAGUGUAAGGUAUAUUCAAACUUUUUCAUUUAAUCAUUGUUAUUUUAUUAA